GUCAAAACUCAAAAUACAUGAAUUUUGAGGUUAGGUAAUUGUGUUGGUUUUUCUAAAAAAACUUUAGUAAACAUCUAAUUAGUAAAAGAAAGUGAACCGUAAACAAUGUUAUCCCAAAACUCCUUGCUGAAACGUACUUGGCCAAUGGUAGUACAAUGUGCGGAGGCGCAUAGAAAACCUCGAUGGGUUCCAGUCGCAAAAAGUAAGAUAUUUCGUGUACCCAAACGUCCCGUGGUGUCAGAAGAAGAGCGUCUAGAGCUUUUACGGCUGCAUAAUAAUUAUAAAACUCAGAUGCGGGCUAUCAGAAGGUUCUAUCACGAGGAGAUGAUCAAAGAAAAACAAACACGGGAGAGUGCCAGUUCGGAGAUGUCUCAGCGAUUAGAGGCCGAGGAAUGGGCUCGGUGCGUUGAAUUAAACGAGAAAUGGAAUGCUCAGGUCGCAAUAGAACGAGAGGAGCGCAGGAAAGUGGAAGUGAACCAACUUGAGACAUAUGCUCUCAAGAGGAUGCAAGCUAUUGAUGAAAAACGGGUGAAGGUAAUCGCGAAAGCUUCGGAAGAAAUAAAACGACAGAAGGAACUGAGUUCAACAUUCAUAACUCCGGAAAAUCUGGAUGCAGCCAUAGAGCAUGCUCUAGCGAACCCCGCAGACUAUAACUUUGCCAUAGACCUUAAAGGAAAUAAGUAUUUAGGCAGAGACACACAGAUAACUAAACCAAAGGGGGCUGCAUCUACUGCCAGUGCUACUGCUUAGGAGAUAAAGCGUAGUUUGUAUUGUAAAUAACUUAGGUACAAUAAAGUAUAUUAUUUAAGAA